AUUAUUAAUUCGAAUAACAACAUUAAUGAUAAUCGAACAAUUUGUAAUGGAAUGAAUAAAUUUUCACAACAACAACAACCAUCAUUAUUAUCAACAACAACAAAAUUUCAGAAUAUAAGAUCAUCACAACCAAGCCAUAAUAAUAUUUCAAAUAAUUCAUCAUCGAUAACAAUUGCUGAUAAUCAAAAUUCUAAUGAUAAUUCAUCAUCAUCAUUAUUAAUAAUCAAUGAUUGUAUUGCCAAUGAUAAUAAUAAUGUUGAUAAUGAUAAUGAUGGUCAUCAAAUUAUUAAUGAUAAUCAUACAAUGCCAUUACCAAAUGAUUGGGAAUUAGCUAUUGAUCCGGAAACUGGACGAAAAUAUUUUGUUAAUCAUAAUACAAAAGAAACACAAUGGUUUGAUCCACGUGAUGUCUAUACAAAACCGGCAACAUUUGCCGAUUGUAUUGGUGAUGAAUUACCUGUCGGUUGGGAACAGGCAAAUCAUCCAUUAUUGGGUAAUUAUUUUAUUGAUCAUAAACGACGAAUCAAUCAAUUAGAUGAUCCAAGAAUUGAAUUAUUAGCUGUACAGGCAAAUAUGGUUAUUGGUUAUCUUGAACAGGCUAGUAUUUUAAAUGAUAAUGAAAAUGAAAAUGAACGUGAAUCAUCAACACAACAACAACAACAAGAACAGCAACAAAUUUAUUCAAAUACAGAAUCUAUGAUCGCUGCUGCUGCUGCUUCAACAACUAAUCAAUCAUCAUCAUCAAAUGAAAUGACCAAUAAUAAUAUUCCAAUUGAAAAUGAUUAUAUGAAUCGUAAUGAUUUAGCAUUAGCUAUACAGAAUAUACAAAUUGAUGAUUUAUCGAUUAAUAAUAAUAAUAAUCAUAAUAAUAAUGAUAUUGAUCAAUAUCAACAGCAGCAACAACAACAACAAAUGAUGACUACCUCAAAUACAUCCAAUAAUAAUAAUAAUCGAUCAACCAAUAAGAUUAAUUUACAAUUUGAUGAAAAUUCAGCAUAUGCUGUUAUUGAUUGUUAUUCAAUACAACAAAAACAAUUAAAAAAACAAAAUGAUGAUAUUGUUGAUAAUUAUGCUAAUCUUUCAUUAUAUAAUAAUAUAAAAAUGAUGAAUAUUAGUCAAUCAAAUAUUGAUACAAUUAAUGAUCAAUCGACAACAACAACAGGUAUUUUACCACCAGCAUUACCAUCAAUACCACCACCAAUAUCAUCAAUACGAUCAGCAAUAUCAUCACAUUCAAUUGGAAAUAAUUAUUCAAAUAAUAGCCGUACAUCAUCAAUACAAUCAUUAAUUGUUAUACCUAGCCAUAAUAAUAAUAAUCAUUAUGGUCAAUUAUCACAACAACAACAAUCAUCAUCAAUAAUAACAACAACAAAUCAACAAUAUAGACAAAAUCCAUUAUUAUUACAACAAUCAUUAAAUGAAGCUAAACAACGUGUUGAACAAUUAAAACGUGAACUUUGUCAACAAUCAUCAUCAUCAUCAUCAUUAUUAUUAUCAACAACAACAUUGCCAACAACAACAACAAAUAAUAAUAAUAAUAAUAAUUUUAUACAAUCAUCAUCAUCACCACCAAUAUUACUGCCAUCAUCAUCAUUAUUAAUUAAAGAAUCAAAUACAGUGCCAACAACAGCAACAACAACAACAACAAUAAUGACCAAUAAUAAUAAUGAUCAUAAUCAUAAUAUAUUAUCAAUUAUUGAUCGUUAUUAUACAAAAGAUGGUCAAAAACAUACAAAUGCUAUUGAAGUUUAAAAAUGCAUUUUACAUUUUUUUAUUUUAUUUUAAAUCUCAACUUUUACACACAC